ACAGCCACCAACUCCCGCUUUUUUGUUUUUCAUUUUUUUUUUCAUUUAAAUGUGUAUCUUAUAUCUUAUAUCUUAUGUUUAUGUCCAAGUCCAACAGAUAAGCGAGUCACUUGUUUCUCACAAUACUGCACACCCAUCUCUGUUUUGGGCUACAAUCUCUCUAUAUUUAGCUUAGAUCAUGAGGGGGGGCUUGUGGCAACUUGGGCAAUCGAUCACUCGCCGUAUUGGCCAGGGAGAUAAGAAGGGUGUUGCUCGUCGUUGUUUUGCCUCAGAAGCUGAGCUGAAAAAGACAGUGUUUCAUGACUUCCAUGUUGCUAAUGGUGGCAAGAUGGUUCCAUUUGCUGGAUGGAGCAUGCCAAUCCAAUACAAGGACUCAAUCAUGGACUCAACCAUCAACUGUAGGCAGAAUGGUGGCCUCUUUGAUGUUUCCCAUAUGUGUGGGCUAAGCCUCAAAGGGAAGGAUGCUAUCCCAUUCCUUGAAAAGCUAGUCAUUGCUGAUGUUGCUGCCCUUGCCCCUGGAACUGGGACACUGACUGUUUUCACAAAUGAAAAGGGAGGGGCAAUUGAUGAUUCAGUCAUUACUAAGGUGAAGGAUGACCACAUUUAUUUGGUUGUCAAUGCUGGGUGCAGGGAUAAAGAUCUGGCUCAUAUUGAGGAGCAUAUGAAGGCAUUCAAGGCCAAAGGUGGUGAUGUGUCAUGGCACAUCCAUGACGAGAGAUCUCUACUUGCUCUGCAGGGGCCUCUUGCUGCCCCAGUUCUUCAACACCUGACAAAAGAGGAUUUGAGCAAGCUAUACUUUGGGGAGUUCAGUGUGUUGGACAUCAAUGGCUCACUGUGCUUUCUUACCCGGACUGGGUAUACUGGGGAAGAUGGAUUUGAGAUCUCAGUUCCUUCAGAGCAUGGUUUAGAUCUUGCCAAGGCAAUACUGGAAAAAUCUGAAGGGAAGAUAAGAUUGACAGGAUUGGGUGCUAGAGACAGUCUGCGACUUGAAGCUGGAUUAUGCUUAUACGGGAAUGACAUGGAGCAGCACACUACACCUGUUGAGGCAGGACUCACAUGGGCUAUAGGGAAGAGAAGAAGAGCAGAAGGUGGUUUUCUAGGAGCUGAUGUUAUCCUUAAACAGCUUCAAGAUGGUCCUUCCAUCAGGCGUGUUGGUUUCUUUUCUUCUGGUCCACCUCCAAGAGGCCACAGUGAGAUUCAAGAUGAAGGAGGUAAAAACAUUGGGGAAAUCACCAGUGGUGGAUUCAGUCCUUGCCUCAAGAAGAACAUUGCUAUGGGGUAUGUCAAAUCUGGAUUGCACAAGGCAGGCACCAAAGUAAAGAUUAUUGUUCGAGGAAAAGCCAAUGAAGGUGUCGUUACAAAAAUGCCAUUUGUACCAACAAAAUACUAUAAGCCAACCUGAUUCACUUCUGUAUUUAUACCUUAAACAUUUCCUGCCUUGUUUACAAAUUUUCCCAUAACCCGAGUGUUACAGUUAAUGUUAAUGCCAUUGUCUUAAAUACAAGGCUUUCAAUUGCAUUCAUAAGUCCAUAUUUAUUUUCAUA